GCCAGCCAAAAAUACCAUAGCCAAUCAACCCGCUGUCGCAACUCGAAGCGAGCAUCGCCAAGUUUCCAAUCCGGACGCUCCCGCCUCCCCACAUCACGAUGCAGAUAUCUCACUGGACCAGAGACCACAUGGGCGCGUCGCUAAUACGCUACCUUAAGCCUCUGAGCGAGAAGGGGAAAUAGAUCUGACACAGUCCCAUCGAAGCGCGCUGGGCGAAUAUCUCCAGCAGGGAUCCAAACCCAACGACCUGCGGAGUACAGAAGUAGCCUAUUUCCUAUUUAUGUCUAUGUGCAGCGUCUAAAGUAAGAUACAAGAAGUACUUGUAUUGUUUCGUUUCCUCACUUCUUUUGUUCUGAGAAUAUUUUCGACAGGUUGAUCCAGUCUUUUCACGUGUUUUAAUUUCCAUCGGUCCUUUGACAAGAAGCCUCUAUAAUACAUAUCAGUACGAUGUCGGAAACCAAGUCUGAAGUCGUGGCCGAAACCUCCAGUUUUGACGCUCCUACUCUCACUCAUCAGAAGAGCAACAGGAUGGCUCGCGUAGUCGAGUCUGCUGGUAUUGGGCUGACGAUUCUCGCCCUGCUCGCAGCGAUCACCAUCGUGGUCACGGCUGCUGAUGCCCUCGCCGUCUACAACACCACAUCUCUGCCCGGGGAUCAUUCAUAUCUACUCCCGCUCUGGCCCGCGGACUUCAACAUGCGGCCGUCCGUGGCAUUGGUCACCUGCGGUUCAGUCAUCGUUCUCACCAGCGCCAGCUCGUUGAUCGUGAGCAAAGUCUCAGCUGUCCGCAAAGCCCCAUUCAUCCACCGCUCAAUUGGCUUCGUCGGCCCAACCAUCUGCCUCAUCGCCGGUCUCGUCGCAACAUCCUUCUUCUACGGAGUCAACGCUUCAAGCACUACCUACACACUGCACAGCUGGUCCUGCCAAUGGUCGCCCGUUACGAUGAAUGUGAAGCCACACUGGGAUGUUCUCUGCAGAGAGACGACGGCUGCGAUAUACUUGAUGGUCAUGAUGAUACCACUGGAGAUUUUGGUGCUUGGGUCGGUGGCGUAUAGCUCUUUUGCGGGGCAGAAGCAGAUGUUUGAGAGGGAGAGGAAGGGUAGCCCCACCAUGUCUUGAAGGAUCUCAGCAGGGAACAUCCGAUGAUGUUGAGUAAAGCUGAAGAGAAGGCAUAGAUGGGAUGGAACAGAGAGCGAUCGAAGCUGUCUGAGGAGAUUUGAAAGAAGUCAUGUACAGUACCGGUAGACUCGGCACUUGUUAUCAUUGGUAAUUAACCCAAGGGGCGUUCAAUGGGAGAACUUUACAAGCUG